AGGCCCUUUCGGCUCAAGCUGCUCGGUCCGCGCUUGCGGACUGUGACAGCAGAUAUGUCAGGAUGCAAAAUUCAUUUCCUCGUCAGCAUUGCAAUCUAUUUGCUCUUAUGCGUGCCGGUCAGAUCAGUUAGGGAGUCGGUGUUGAGUGAUGAGCUGGACAGUUACGCAGUCGGGAGCCUGGACCCGGACCCGGAGGAAGGUCCGGGCAUAGAUGUCAGGCCUGGUAACAAGCUGGAGGAUGAUGUCGAGGGAAUUGCCGCCUUCAACGAGGGAGAGGGCGAGGAGCCGAAGAGGUCGCAGAAGCCCGAGCCAGAGCCGGAGAUCGAGGUGCACCAUCACAAGGUGCACGGCAAUGCCAGAUACAUCCGGGACCCUCAUGAGCAGCGGAAGCACCGCAUCACCAUGAAGCAGGCGGCGGCGAGGCUCAAGGCAGAGGAAGAGGAAGAAACGGGCGGCAAGGAGCUGGGUGAGGAAAAGGGCGAGGAGAAGGGUGAGGAGAAGGGUGAGGAGAAGGGCGAAGGUGAAGGCGAGGGCGAGGGCGAGGCCGAGGAGGAAGAAGAGGAGGAGGAGGAGCCCUGGGUCAUGACCUUCUGGGACAAAGUUCUGCUCGAAGUCGGCUGGCUCUUUGGGUUUGUGGCCCUGACAGUGGUGCUGGUGCUGGGAAUGACGGUGAUCUCCCAACUCCGCGACGUCUCGCAGGACGUCUACGAUGGUCUGGUGGAGCCUUCAGGGGUCGCGAAAGGCGCCUACUGGUUCCACGUCCACGUCAUGGACCCGGUGGUGGUCCUCUGCGGCCUCGCCAACUUCGUGGUCUUCGCCGCGGCCACGGAGUUGGAGUUGGACCCGCAGGCAACUACCGGCUUCGGCUUCCGCCGGAAGCUGGUGACAUGGGUGCCCCGCGCCAACGCCAGACUGCAGGCGAUCGGCGCCGUGACGCUGAUCCUGAGCUUGCUGGUGCGGAUCUUCUCCGCCCCGGCGCACCCCUGGUGGAAGCAGUACCGCAACGCAGCGCCUAUUGUGGGGGUGUUCCUCAACUUGUACGCCUGGGUCGACGUGGUCGCAGUGACGCCCUCCUUGAUGGACAUCAUCUUCAAGACGGACGCGUAUUACAACAUCCAGUCCUUGUGCCUCAUCCGUCUGGUGGAGAUGGCGGUCCGGUCCCCGUCCUCCACCGGCGCGGGGAUCAAGGCCUUCAUCGACGUCUUCGACGAGGACGGAGCGCUGAUUAGUACCAUCUUCGCGCUGGCGCUGGUGGUGUGGGUCAUGUUCUCGGGGCUCUACAUGGUGGCCAACCGCACCAACCCGGCGAGUGUCUGGGAAGCCGCGGAGUACGGGGGCGAAAGCUGGCAGCGCUUCGAGUCUCUGCCCUCCUCCAUGUUCUUCACGCUCCUGAACCUUUGCAAGGAGCACCCGUUGGCCGAUGCCUUUGGAGAUGAUUGGACCAACUGGGGCUUGGCGGUCUUCCAGCGGGUGAUCAUCAUCGUCGUGUGUAUUGUUGGUGUCCCUGUCUUCGGUGUGCCCACUGGAAUUCUGGGCGCCAGCCUGAUGAAGCAUUGCAAGAAGCAGGUGGAGCAGAUGAAGCAGGCGGCGGAUCCAGCCAUCGAGGCCGAAGCGCCGGCGGAACCGCCGGCGGAAGCGGCGCCGGCGCCGUCGUUGGAGGGCGGGCGCGUGCUGCCGUGGCUGCUGUACACGCUCUUGGUUUCCUUCGGCAGCACCUUUGUGUACUUCUUCUUGACCUUGGGAGAGCCCACCCGCGUGCUCUUCGUGCCGAUCCCCAAAGUCUCGGAGAACUUCUUCGAGUCCGUGAACCUGGCGACCUCGGUACUCUUCUUCGCGGAGUUCGGCGCAAGAGCGGCGAAGGGUCAAGCGGCCUAUCUGCGCUCCCUGCCCCACCUCUGCAUCGACGUGCUCGCCUUCCUCCCCGGCUUCGCCUCCAGCAUCAUGUGGUUCUCCAAAGGCGCUGGCCCCGAGUGGCUGCGGGGACUCUGCGUGCUGCGGGUGCUCAAGGCCGAGCGCUAUGUGGGCGCCUUCGCAAUGAUGGCCUCGAUCCUGGGGGAGAACGGCGCCAUUUUGAAGGCCACCGCGUUGGUGAGCUUCCUGCUGUGGCUGCUGGUGUCCAGCCUGCUGCACUUCACGGAAAGGUUCAACCCGGACGAAGAGGUCAAGGAAGUCUACGCCUCUGUGCCAAGGGCCUUGUGGGCGGAGGUGAUCAAUUUGCACGGUGAGUGGCCUUGGUGCGACUACACCUGGCGCGGAAAAGCCAUCGGCACCUUCCUGAACUUUGUGAGCAUUGGGAUUUGCAUGGUGCCGGUGGUGGUCUUCAGCGACGCCUUCAUGAGUCGCGUGGGCCAAGAGGCCGAGGUGAAGGCGCAGGCGCCGGCCGCACUGCCAGCACCGGCGCCGAAAGCUCUGGAAGGCGCCGCGCCGUCGCCGGAAGUCGAGGCGGCGCCCGCGGCGCCCGCGGCGCCGGAAGCGGCGCCCGCGGCGCCGGACCCGGCGCCGGAAGCGGUGAAGGAGGAGGCUUCGACGGGAGCUGUGGAGGUCUUCCGCAUCUCGGAAAUGGCGGAGAGACGAUGGCAGCUGAAAUUCAAGGAGAACGCGGGCUUCGGGCUGCUCUACUCCCACCUGCUGCCGCCGAAGGUGUUGGAGAAGAACCCGCCCCCUGUGCUCUACUACCUCCUCCGGAUCACUUCGGUCAUCUUCAUCCUCCUGUCCGCGUUCAACACGGUCUUCGAUUCAAUGCCGUCGCUGUCCGUAAAGGAGUGUAAUGCGGGAUCAGAGUGGACGCAUUGCGCGCAGAUGAACCAGUUCUUCGUUGGGUCUGACGCUGUUCUGACCAUCUUCUUCUUCGCGGAGUUUGUGAUGCGAGUCGUCGUGCUCAGGGGGCGGUACUGCUUGUCCUUCAUCGGCCUGGUGGACGUGCUUUCGCUGGUGGCCUUUAUUGAGACCUUGUCGCCGUGGCUGCAUGACGCCGGUCUUCACCCGAACUACUACCCAGAGGGUGGCGUAUCCAGCUGGCGCGACAUCUGGAUCGACUUGAUCCUGCCCUUGCGCCUGAUGCGGCUGAUGAUGCUGGAGUCCUGGACCCCGGCGAUCCAGUCCUUGUGCGACGUGGUGUGGAUGCGGGGCCCGGCCCUGCGCAAGGCCUGCUACGCGCUGGUGGCCGUUUGGUACAUGUUCACCGUCUGCUUGUAUGUGCUCGAGAAGGACUCGGAGGACGAGGAGAUCUCCGCGCGCUUCGCCAACGUCUUGGUGGGCCUCCCCCAUGGCCUCAUCCACCUGACCGGGGAUUACCCCUGCACCAACUACAGCAGUCUGGCGAUGCCGGUCCACCUGGUCUUCCUGAUCGUGGGCAUGUGCUGCACAGGCACCUUCACGGGGAUCUUUGCCGGGGGCUUUGUGGAGUACCUCGGGGCGGAGAGAGACAUGGAGCGGCAGCAGGCCAAAGAGACGCGGCUGCAGGUCAUGGUCACCGCGGUCUCGGUGCUCCAGCGGCGGUUCCGGGUGCGGCGCCAGCGGUUGCUGGCGCCGGUGGCGCAGGAGACCUUGGUCUACAGCAAGGUGACGAUCGCCAAGGCAGCGACGCGAAUCCUGAAGCGGCAGACCUCCUUGGGCCGGGUCUUCAUGGGGUUAGCACAGGCCGCCUUGGUGGUGAACAUCAUGAACACCAUGCUGGAGUCCAUCCCCGAGAUCGAGAACUUGGGCCCGCAGGCGCAAUCCAGCCUCAUGCUAGUAGAGGUGAUCACCGGGGCCAUCUUCACCAUCGAGUUCCUCUUCCACCUCAUGGCAAAUCCGGGAGGUGUUUUCACCACGCCAAUGCGGAUGAUCGACUUUGUAUGCUUGAUACCGACCAUCAUGAAGAUUCGUUUCGAGCUGCAAAGCACGGCGGUGCAAAACGACAACCCAGGCAUGGAGGCCUUCAUCGAAUCCGUGGCCGCCUGUCGGGUGAUCCGGGUCUUGGGCUGGCCCGCCAUCCGGCGCGAAGUGAACGCGGUGAAGCUGACGAUGAAGGCGGCGCUGCCCUCCUUGGCAAUGCCCGCGGUGAUUUCUCUGCAGCUCUGGGUGAUCACCGCAGGCAUCCUCGUGUGGCUGGAGAAUAUGUACACGGAUCCAGAUGGCGAAGUGGCCUCCGAUGCGGAGCACAUGGGCUCGAUCCCCGACGCGCUAUACUGGUGCAGCAUCUACUUGCUCGGCGAAUGGGCCAAUGACGAGUUCACCGACGGCGCCGGCAGCCGGAUUUGCAUCUUCUACUGCCUUUGUGGGGUGGCUUUGUUCUCCAUCCCCGUUGGCAUCAUGGUGGAGGCCGGCCAAGCGACCUUGGUGAAGAUCGCCGACGAGCGGAAGGAGCUGGCGGACCUCAAGGCGGCGGCCAAGGUCAAGCCCAAGGAGCUCAAGGCCUGAUGAUAUCGCUUGGCCUGAGCAGUGCCAGGUCGGAUGAGCGGCACUGAGGGUGAGUUUCGCCGUCCGUAAAGGACAAAGUCCGGGACUUGACUAGGUCCCCCAGUAGUGCCUUUUUACUUUUUUGGGCGCAGGGUUCCCUGAUUCUAACCUCUCUACUGGAGGACCUAGUUGAUUUGUCUUGCGAAAGCCAAGGGAAAGGCCACCACUUGAAAGAGCCUCUGAAUGUGCAAUGCGCC